CCUUGUGAAGCCGCGGCGCUCUUUGACUUUCCAGCUCGUAGUCCUACAUACUACUAGCCUCGUUAGCAUCCGCCUUGACCUUUUUGCUUUUUCUCUUCUAACGGUCCAAGGCGUUGCCCGUACCGAAUAGAACAACGCUCUUCUCGCUUCUCUCGUUACCAUACCGACCAGAUUAACAGGAUGGCGUUACCUAAGCGUAUCGUUAAAGAGACGGAACGUCUGAUGACCGAACCUGUUCCUGGUAUCAGCGCCGUUCCCCACGAAGAUAACCUCAGAUAUUUCGAUGUCGAGAUCUACGGGCCCUCGGGAUCGCCGUAUGAGGGAGGCAUUUUUAAGCUCGAGCUGUUCCUGACAGAUGACUACCCGAUGGUCCCGCCCAAGAUCCGCUUCUUGACCAAGAUCUAUCACCCCAACGUCGACAAGCUCGGACGUAUUUGCCUGGACGUGCUCAAGAACAACUGGUCGCCCGCUCUCCAGAUCCGAACCAUCCUCCUCUCGAUCCAGGCUCUCCUCGGUGCUCCCAACCCCGACGACCCUCUAGCCGCCGACGUCGCUAAGAGCUGGAAGGAGGACGAGAACAAGGCCAUCGCGACCGCCAAAGAGUGGACCAGAACAUAUGCCACCUCCCAGCCGAAGUAGAAGCGUAGGCUGCUGAAGGCGACUCGUAAUAUCUGCGAGCGCCUCAGGCGUAUUUCAAGACACAUCGCCCGCUGUAUUCCGCGCCAUAAGGAUCGAUGGUCAUCUAGACACGCUCUAGAGGUUAAUAUUCCCAGGCUACGAUAUCCGGUUAGUAACCGUUAGAUGGGAAGAGCUGAAGUAGUACUACCUUACCCAGUCAUCCAGUUAGCCAGUCGAGAAUCUC